CCGGGGAGUAUCAAAGGCCUCACUGUCAUAAAAAAGGAAAAGACAUCAGUAAUAGUAAGCUGGACUGCUCCUGCAAAUAAAACGGGAUCUUAUCUAUUAAUAGCUACUGGGACGACUUCACAAACACUCACCUUCAACACUGAGACUGUUAACAUUACCAAUCUCACACCAGGGUCUCCAUACACAUUUACAGUAUAUGCUCUGUCUGGUGAUAAUCUGAUUAAGAGCAACCCUGUCUCUAUGUCUACAUGCACAGUUCCUGAAGGAAUUCAGAAUGUUCAGAUUGCUCAUGUCAGCACAACUUCAGCGACACUCACCUGGAGUGCACCAGUGGGAGGCAAACAAUACUACAAUGUGCAUGUUACAGGAGUACCAUCAUAUGAUGUCACAGCUGAUAAAGAAACAGUUACUUUGACAGGUCUGAUUCCCAACAGUUCCUAUAGUGUUCAAGUCUCUGCAGUUGCUACAGAUAAUAUUACCUCAGGAAAUCCUGCAUCAUCACCUCCCUUUACAACAAAGGCAGCUCCAGUAUCUUCAACAUCUUCGUCUUCACCAUCCUCAGUAACCAGCACAACUGAAAGCAAAACAACAAAAGAAUCAUCAUUUAGCACUUCAACAACUACGGUCUCUACAACUACAAAGGCAUCAACUACAGCUUCAGAAGCACCAGCAACUACCAAAACAACAAUCACAACCCCAUCACUAACAACAAUUCCAACAACUAAGAUAACUGCAAAAAUAACGCCAUCUAGUAUAACAAUCACAGCGACACCAACAACUACACCUACAGCAAUGUCAACAGCUACUCAGACAACAGUCACAUCAACAUCAUCAGCAGUUCCAACAACUACUACAACCACAGCAACCACCACUAUAGUGUCAUCAACUACAGAAACAGUACCAGUUAGUACAAGCAUAUCAACAACUACAGCUGCAAAUGUGUCAACAGCUCAGACAAUCACAACCCCCAUAACUAUUCCAACAAGUGUAACCAAACCAACCACAAUGCCAUCAACCACAACAAUGCAAACUAGUACAACAAUCACUUCUACAUCACCAUCAACUACAAUUACAACACUAUCAGCAUCUUCUUCCAUACUCACCACAUCCCCGGUAUCAUCAACUACCACAACAAUGCCAACAACCAGUACAACAACUACUACAACUUCAGCUUCAGCUACAGUCUCAACAUCUAGCAAAGCAGCAACAACCUCAACUACAAAGUUCACAACAAGUCCACUUUCAGUUUCAACUCCAAGUACAGUGACAUCAACAACUCAGACAUCAAGAAUUUCAAGUACUACAGCUACUACUACGCCAUCAACAACAUCACAACAAACAACUUCCAAAGCCAAAAAAGGAUGCAUGUCUUUGAAUCCUCCUCUCUGCUGUCCCAAGACUGCAAAUGGCUGUCGCCCUCCUGAGCAAACUUGUUAUUGUGAUGAAAUGUGUUUAACUUACAAGGACUGUUGCCCUGACUAUACAAGUACAUGCAAAACAGCACCAGAGAGUAUCAAAGGCCUCACUGUCAUAAAAAAGGAAAAGACAUCAGUAAUAGUAAGCUGGACUGCUCCUGCAAAUAAAACGGGAUCUUAUCUAUUAAUAGCUACUGGGACGACUUCACAAACACUCACCUUCAACACUGAGACUGUUAACGUUACCAAUCUCACACCAGGGUCUUCGUACACAUUUACAGUAUAUGCUCUGUCUGGUGAUAAUCUGAUUAAGAGCAACCCUGUCUCUAUGUCUACAUGCACAGUUCCUGAAGAUAUUAAAAAUCUUAAGCUUUCCCAUGUCAGUACAACUUCAGCGACACUCACCUGGAGUACAGUGGUUGGAGGCAAAAAAACUACAAAAUUCAUGUUACAGGAGUACCAUCAUAUGAUGUCACAGUUGAUAAAGAAGAAGUUACUUUGACAGGUUUGAUUCCCAACAGUCCCUAUAGUGUUGAAGUUUCUACAGUUGCUACAGAUAAUAUUACCACUGGAAAUCCUGUGUCUUCACCUACAU